UAUCACGUGGUCAGCCCGAGCGAGACUCCCGACAGAGAGACGAGGAGGUCGAGCCAGAGUCCCAGAAAUAAGGCAAGACUAUGGACUUCCGGACUCGGGACUCUGGGGCCUAAAGGACAACAAUUACUAACUAAUGGGGUGAAAGUUGCCGGUAUCACGCGGUCAGCCCCAGCGAGACUCUGGACAGAAAGACGAGGAGGUCGAGCCAGAGGCCCAGGACUAAGGCAAGACUAUGGAAUUCCGGACUCUGGACUCUGGAGACUUGAGAGAGAGAGAGAGAGAGAGAGAGAGAGAGAGAGGGAGAGAGACAUGUUCAAUGACGAAUGAAAUACCUUCUCUUCCCUCACGCCUCCCUCCUCCCUCCUCCCUCCUCCCUCAUAGACAGUUCUAUAACGAGAAGUUGUCUUGUCUUGUCUUGUCUUGUCUUCUCUGCUUCCUUCUCUCUCAAUCGAUUUCUUCGUCUCGAUUCUCAUAUUACUUUUGUAAAAGAAUCAGGAAGGUGGAGCUGAGAUUUCUCAUUUCUCUGUCGAGUACGUGGAGCACAAUCCAUCCCUUUUUAGUCCAACCUUUUAUUUAAAAAAAGGAAAGAAAAAAACCUGAUUGGAUUCGAUACAGUGAAGAGAGUUCUCAUUUCUGGAGCUCCACGUUUUAGUGUUGAAAUUGUUGGUUGUUUGGAUUGUGUAAUUAGAUUUUAUCAAAUUUUCAUCCACAAAGUUGCAGAUGGCCGGUAAUGCGGCCUGUAAGCGUGGUAUGCUGUUGGGAUUAAAUUCAGGGAUUUGUUUCUCCAAUUUCAGAACAGGAUUCAAAGUCUCAAGUAGUCUAGAUCAGGUCUGCCUGGAAGCCCCCUUCCAUGGCUUAUCUGCUUCUUCAUCUUCGAGUUUGCGAUUCAAUAGAUUCUAUUCUAGUCAGAUAUCACAGCUUGUUAAAUCCAAUGGCUCCCAGGCCUUUCUUGUGGAUACGCUUGCGCUGGUUAGGAGAUUGGAAGCACAAGGUGUGCAAUCAAAACAUGCUGAGGCAAUGACAGCGGCCAUUAUUGAAGUUUUGAAUGAUAGCUUGGAAAAUGUUGCUCAGUCUUUUGUCUCCAAAGCAGAGAUGGAGAAAUCGGUGAUGCUUCAAGAAUCUAAUUUGUCAAAAUUUAAAUCCCAAGUAGAGAGUUCCCAGGAGCACCAUUUCUCUUUAUUGCAACGUGAGACUGAAAAACUUCGGACUGAUAUAGAGAAGAUGCGCAGUGAACUGAGAUAUGAGAUUGAUAAGGUAACUGCCGGGCAGCGUUUGGAUUUGAAUCUUGAAAGAGGGCGUAUACGUGAUGAACUGGCCAAUCAAAAUGCAGAAACCUCAAAUCUAACUAACAAGCUUGAUAGGGAAAUUCAUGCAUUAAAGGCUCAACUUGAAGCAGCAAAAUAUGAUGUCAUAAAGUACUGCAUAGGUACUUUUGUCUCCAUCUCUGCUGCUGGACUUGCUGUUAUUCGUAUUCUGAUGUGAAGAUAUUCUUUUGCAAUUAAAGCUUCAGUUGGAAAUUGUGACCCAAGAGAACAUUUCUUAUAUGUAUCCUGACUGAAUAUUAAUUUUUCCGUUCUCCUUGGGUAGUCCCAUUUGCUUUA